UUGCAUGGCCCAACUUAAUUUAUAACGAAUAAAAAUUCGUCACAACGUUCUAAUGUUACUUGGGGUGGGGACAUAGUUGGUAAGAUUAUGAAUUAUUACGACUAGUAAAACCAUUCGUUAGAACCGGUCCGGGUUGUCACCGAUUUACUUGUUUGGUUUUGUAAGUAUAUUGAUGUCACCCUGCAGGCUGAAGGUGACACACACACAGAAUGGCAGCAAACGGGGAUAACGAGGAAACUAAGGCGAUUCGAGAUACGCUUUUGAAAGACAACGGAGAUGUAAUAAAUGGAUUAUCGAGUUUACAGACGUUUGAUGAAUGUACAAGAAGUGAAAAAUCAGAGGGCGAAUGUGAAUCGAAAUCAACCGGUGGAUGUUGUGGAAAGAUUAAAAACUGUUUCGAUAAAGUAAGCCGUCCGUUUACAACAGCACAUAAUCCGCUUCCCGAUUAUCCGACUUUAAAGGAUAGAUUUGUGUAUGGAUUAAGAUGUCCUCCUCACGGAAGAGCAGCUCGAUGGCUGGUAUUUAUACUUACAAUAGUUAUUUUGUGGGCUAUAGUGUGGUCAAUCGUCGAAGAAGAGGCUCUACCAUAUCACAGUUAUUUUGGAAUGAUUAUUCUGUUUCCGCUAUGUAUUAUCGGUGGACUUAACGUACAACAGAUUAGACUACCUCCAUUACUUGGCAUGUUAUUGCUAGGAUGUCUACUUAGAAAUGUACCAGUAGUUAACUUUGCUGAGAGUAUAGACAAACAAUGGUCUUCAUCAUUAAGAGCUAUAGCCCUGGUCAUCAUUUUGAUUCGAGCUGGUUUGGGCCUUGAUCCCGUAGCAUUAAAGAAAUUGUCCCUUGUUGUGUUGCGGUUGGCAGCUUUACCAUGUAUCUUUGAAGCAUUAACCGUUGGUGUAGCUGCUUGGGGUAUACUCGGCUUUCCCUGGUCAUGGGCUUUUAUGCUUGGUUUUAUCCAUUCAGCUGUUUCACCGGCUGUAGUUGUACCUAGUAUGUUAAAGUUACAAGAGGAGAAAUUAGGUACAAAUAAGGGUAUACCUACAAUGGUUAUUGCUGCUGGUAGUUUAGAUGAUGUAUUAGCUAUCAGUGGAUUUGGCAUUGCCCUCGGUAUAGCAUUUUCACAAGGUGAUUUAACUAUGACCAUUAUACAUGGACCGAUAGAAGCUGUUGUUGGUCUGACGUUUGGUUUAAUUUAUGGUGUAAUAUGCUGGUAUCUUCCUAACCCUAAUAGUAGUCGAGUUGUAUUUUAUCGGUUUGCUCUGGUAUUUGGAGGUGGUUUGUUUUCUGUAUUUGGAAGUAGAACACUGGAAUUGCCAGGAGCUGGUGCGUUGGCUUGUCUAACUUUAGCAUUUGUUGCUGCUCAUGGAUGGAGACGACAUGGUUGGACAGGAGCUAAUCCUGUGACUACAUUAAUGGGCAGACUAUGGCAGAUAUUUCAACCUUUGUUAUUUGGUCUGAUUGGUGCAGAAGUCGAUAUAACAAAAGUAAAAGUAGAUCUUAUAGGUGCAGGAAUCGGUGUUUUAUUUAUUGGUUUAUCUGUUAGAGUUGUGGUUUCAUUUCUGGUUAUGUAUGGAACUGAUUUAAAUCUGAGAGAGAAAUUAUUUGUUCCAUUCGCAUGGUUACCAAAAGCUACUGUUCAGGCUGCUGUGGGUUCAGUAGCACUUGAUACAGCCCGUGAAAAGGGUGGAGAUCCAGAAUUAAUAGAACUAGGCACAAAGGUACUAGCUAUGGCAGUUUUAGUCAUUAUCAUCACCGCCCCACUGGGUGCCUUAGCCAUCUCAAUAACCGCUCCCAGGUUAUUGACAAAGGAGGUUUUGGAAAUUAAUAUAGAAGAAGGAACGCCACCAGAUGAUAUUGAAGAAAAGAAGUCAUAAUAAAGUGAAAUAUUACCGCAACCAUUGGGUAUUAAUGUAUAGAGCAAUAGACUUUAAGAUCUAAAAUAUAUUAUGUUUCUUGUUUAAAGAUACGUAAUGUAAUAUUUAGAUAAAGGGCUGGCCGUUCUUGCUAUAAUAGUUCAAAAAUAGAUAAUGCAAAAUGAAUAUAUUUAAAAUUUCAUUCAAAUUACUUUAUUCUAAGCCCAGUUAUCACUGUUUGUAGUUUUAACAAGAUAUGUGCAUUGAUUGUUAAUUAUCGUAACCAGGGUACUGGUAUAUUCGAAACUUAGCGGGGUGGUUGGAUGGUCGAAUGGUUAGCACGUGCGCGCUGUGUCAUGAGGUCUGUCAUUGAGUCAACGUGCGUGGUUUCGAUUCCCCGGUUGUACAUGACAAUGAAUAGGAUCGCCUGUCCAACCUCGUGGGUUUUCUCCGGGUCCUCCGGUUCCCUCCCACUGCUAAAGACCUCUACGCGCAAGCGAAUUAUUGAAAUAAAAUUGAACCAUGUGUUAGUCCCGAAAUGACCUAGUUUGUGUCGAGUGGACGUUAAAACACGAUUCUCUCUCUUGUCGUUCUCUUUACAAUUUUAAAAAUAAAUCAUUAAAUGGCCGAACCGUUCUAAUCUACAUACAAUCAGAGUCAUCCGAUGACAUAGAGAGUUGAUUAUGGCCAUGAUAAUAAAUGUCUAAGCUAUAUAACAUUUAAGGCCUAAAGAAAGACCUGCAAUGUGCAGAUUUACCUCUUGAAUAAUGUGUCUUUAAUAAGUCCUACCUGGAUACGUGGCGUUGACCUAAACAAAACUAAAUCUAAAAAUCGCGAAUGUAAAUACAAGAAAAUAAGCAUUCAAACAAGCCCUAGACCGGUUGCCUGAUACGGAAUAUGCAUUUAAAACAUUUAAUAUAGAAUGUAUCCAAAUUAUAUUUAAGUGCUGAUAAGGUAACUUUAAUUUUGAUAAUACAUAUAUAGUUGAAUUUGUAUUUGUAAAUAAUAUUAUAAUCAGUGUAUAAGAAAUUUUAUAUAAGAUAAUAUUAUGUAACAAUAGAAAAUAUUUUAUUAUAUUUAAUAUUCAUAACAUAUCAAUUUACAACAUUCCAUUUUGUUUAGUAUAAAAUUAAUUUUAUUGACGAGAAGUCAAAAUUAUGAAAAGGGUCAGUUGUGUCCGACUUCUUAAAAAAUGAUCAAGUUGUAUGGCAGGAAUUUGGCCUACAUCUUCGUAUGUAAAUCCAUUACUCAUUUACCUACUUAACUCCCAGAUUCCAUGGUGAAUUUGAAGAAAGUGAAUUAAUUAAAUCUAACUAUUUAUUUUAACCCAUAAUCGCCUGUAGACAAAACAGUUUAGAAUCGAGAAAUUGUCUUAUUAUUUGAAGAUCGGAUAUAUGAACAGAUAGACAAGCUGUGAUGUCACUGCGACUUUUUGAUAUACGUGAUGGUUUUGGAACGUCCAGUUGGCACUGUUCUGGUCAACGCAAUAUAAUAAUAUAUAAGAUAUAGAAAUAAUAUAUUUAAAAAGAUAUAACAGUAUAUUCAUAUGAUAUUCAUAUGCCUUAAGGGUAGGCAAUAAUAAUGUUCAAGCUGUCAGAAACUUGCACAAGAAACCCAGCCGACACGAUGUUCAGUGUAUGCCUCCCGGUACUUUAGUGACUUUUAUUAUUCAUGUAAUUUUACAAAUAUUAACAUUUAUUAGCAAUAAUCAACUGAUUUAUCGUAUGAUUUUAAGGACGAGUUUUUCUAAACCGUUUUUAAUUCAAAUAUUAAUGUGUUCAUUAAUGUGUUCCAAAUGAUUUGUGCUUUUUUUGUAAAUGUCUUGAAUGAUACUUUUGUAUUUGUAUAUAAUAUGUGAUUUAGAAUGAUAUAAAUAUUCUUUGAAAAAUU